CAUGGGAACAAGGUGAAGGGAUAGUUCUGUUUCACAAGAUUUGCUUUUGCUAUAAAAUAAUGUUCCCUGCUCAAACUUUUCUGCAGAUUUUGCAUUAUUUUAGCCUAUUAUUAAAGAUUUUUGCAUGAGAUGUUUUGUCAUUUUAGCCAACUAUUUUAAAGAUGGGACAUUAGGACAGAAGCUUGCCUUUGCCUGUUGCAAAGUUUGGAAUAUCUGAACGUCAACUUAAAUUAUCACAAGGAUUGUUACAGUACAGCAAAAUGAGCGAGCCAUCUGCAGAGGACCGUAGUAAGACAACCAGCCAACAGGGCCUUUGCAUUCCAGAGAAAAGGACCCCCCAAAAAUUCUGCUUCUCCAGUUUAAAGAUUUUCAUCAUCGCCCUCUCCUUUGUAUACUUUUCCAAAGCUCUGUGUGGAGCCUACAUGAAGAGUACCAUCACUCAGAUUGAGAGGAGAUUUGACCUUGCCAGCUCUGUUGUUGGUCUUAUUGAUGGCGGUUUUGAGAUGGGUAACUUGCUCUUCAUGGCACUGGUCAGUCAUUUCGGAGCGGCACUGCACAGACCUCGGCUAAUAGGGAUAGGCUGUUUUCUCAUGGCUAUUGGAUCAGCUCUUGCUGGACUUCCACACUUCCUCAUGGGCCGGUACAAAUAUGGCACGGAAAUACACGGCUUUGCUAACAAGACUCUCAGUAUAGCUCCUUGUCAGUAUGGUUUAAUGGCUCAAAGUGAUUAUCUACACGUCAAGUCUUCUAAUAACACUGUAACAGAAUGUGUGAAGGAUCCUGGAUCAAGAAUGUGGAUCUGUGUGUUCUUGGGAAAUGCUCUCAGGGGAAUCGGAGAGUCACCAGUCACACCUCUUGGCAUUUCUUACGUUGAUGAUUUCGCGAAAGCAGAGAAUUCAGCAUUUUACAUUGCAUGUCUUCAGACUAUCACACUGCUGGGUCCCAUAUGUGGCUUUCUGCUGGGCUCCUUGUGUGCAAGUCUUUAUGUGGACAUUGGAUUUGUCGAUAUUGACAGUGUGACCAUCACUUCAAAAGAUGCACGUUGGGUAGGCGCUUGGUGGCUCGGUUUCUUUGUGUCAUCUGCCUUUCUACUGCUUGCUGGCAUUCCUUUCUGGUUCCUGCCCAGAUCUUCACCCAAACAAGGGGAGAAGGAAAGGAGGGAAAACUCAAAUGUGGAUCAGGGGCACACCAUGUACUCCGUAAAACUGACCAGCAUUGCAAAAGGAUUCCUGCCUUCGCUGAAAAGACUCCUGAGCACUCCCAUAUACUUCCUGUUACUUUGUGAGAUUGUUUUGAAGUUCAACUCUAUCAUCGGCCUGUUCACCUUUAAGGCCAAAUACAUGGAGCAACAGUUUGGUCAGUCUACAUCAAGAGCUAACUUCCUUAUUGGUGUCCUUAACCUGCCUGCGAUUGCCGUGGGAAUAUUUUUGGGUGGUUUACUUAUGAAGAGAUACAAGCUGAGCGUGGUAGCGGGAGCCCAGUUUUCAUUUAUCACCUCCCUCACAGGCUGCCUUCUGCUCCUCCUCCAAUUUGGCACAAAGUGUGACAAUGUGCGUGUGGCCGGGCUCACUGUGUCUUACAAUGGGACUGCCAGUAUAUCACACGAUGAAAGUUCACUCGUGUCUACGUGUAACCGGGACUGUUCCUGCUCUACAAGCGAAUGGAAUCCGGUGUGCUCAGACAGUGGCAUUACAUACACAUCGCCAUGUUUCGCAGGAUGCACCAGUUCCACAGGACAUGGGAAAAACACGGUUUUCCACAACUGUAGCUGUGUCUUUAUCCCCUCGCCAGUAGAGGGCAGUAGGUCUGUGUCUCUGGGUCAGUGUCCCCGGGGACCGGAAUGCACUCAAAGUUUCACCUCCUACAUGGCAAUAUCUGUCCUGAGCUCAUUUAUCAAGUCGUUGGGCACAACACCAGGAUACAUGGUCAUUUUACGAUGCAUCCCCCCUGAGCUGAAGUCGCUAGCGUUGGGUAUUCAAACACUUAUAAUGCGAACACUGGGUGGUAUUACUGCACCUAUCUAUUUUGGAGCUCUAAUCGACUCUACAUGCUUGAAAUGGGGAGUGAAGAGGUGCGAAGGCCGAGGUGCAUGUCGUAUGUACGACUCAAAUAUGUACAGAAUAAUCUUCUUGGGCUUGAUCACAUGUUUGAGUGGCUGUUCCUAUUUCUUCGCCGUUCCUGUCAUAGUGCUUCUUAGAAAACAAUUUAGCAAGGACCAGAUCACGGCACUACAGCAAGCCACUAGCAGGGGAAAUGAAAUUGAACUUCAGACUUCAGAGAUCUGCAGCUCUGAUGGAUCCAAAACAGACACCAGCCCCAGAGAAAACACGACACAAACAACCAGUGCUAAAGAGCAGCUGUCAUCUACUGUAUCUCAUUUAGCAAACUCUGUGGUAGUAGGUUAGUCAACCCCUUCCUCCCAAACACUCUGGAUCAUAUGUAUUUUACAACAAAGAGUUUGCAUCUUUUCAUAAAGAAAUUUGAAUAAAGUAAUAAAAAAAUAUAUAUGUACUCUAAAACAGAAUUAAAACACAUCCAUAGAAGGCGCAGGAAAAUAUAAAGCUAUCAAUAAUUAGCAAACCUGCAAAGACAGAAGACUGAACUGUAACCAUAUAUCACUACACUUAAUCAUACUUUAUGCAUCAAGUUCCUUGUGAGGCAGGGGAGAUGUUUCCAUUAUUCCCAAAAAUCCAACCAAUUCAACAAUUUCAUUAUAGCUGGAUUGCUGUCUUUGUAAUUGUUUAUGUAUAUGCAGUCUUUUUUUAAUUCAACAAUAAAGCUCUCCACGGUUAUUUGCUUGCUUUACGUAUGUAGAACAGUGAAUGGCUGUGUAUAUUGUAUUCAGUCUACUGCUAUGCCUGAUGGUAAAUGAGAGAUUUAACCUUAAAGGCAUAGCAGGUGAUUUUUUUCCAGAAACAUAUUUGUUAUACUGGUUGAUAUCUCUUCACAGCCUUUCAGCAUUCACUAAAAGGCACAGGACCGUAACAUGUUCACCCAAUCAUUUCAUUGGGUCUGAAUGCAAUCAAACUAUGUAUUUGCAUACUGUACCUCUGCACAUCCUGUUCAUGCAGACAAUCUUCAUUAGCAGUGUUGUCAAAUCCGACUGCUUUUUAACUGAAAGUAAUUCAUGUCACUCGUCUUAUCAAUAAAUUAAUCUUUUAUUCAAAA